AUGUACGCCGCCGGACUCGUUGCCUUCCUUGCCGCCGCCGCCGUCGCGGCCCAGGAGACCACGAGCACCACUACCCAGACGUCCACCACGACGCGCACCAUCACCAUCACCUCGUGCCACCCGACUGUCACCAACUGCCCGCUCAAGACCUCGUCGGCCCCGGCCACUUCCUCCGCGGCCCCCACCACGUCGUCGGUCGUGGUCCCAACCUCCAUCAACUCGACGUCGUCGGUCCCCGUCGUCUCUUCGUCGUCGGCCCACUGGUCCGUCUCCAACUCCACCAGCACUGCUGGUCCCACCGGCACGGCGCCCGGCACCACCGUCGUCACGGUUCGCCCCUCGGGUUCGACCACGGUCCAGGUCAUCACCACGUCCACCACCGCCCCCCCCACCGUGCCCACGGGCGCUGCCACCGGCCUCCAGGCUCAGGGCCUCGUUGCCGCCGCGCUGGCCGCUGCCGUUGCCGCCGCGGCCUUCUAA